AGCGCGGCCCGGGGAGGCCGGGCGGUAUUCGCCGCUUCCCACUGCCCGGGGCUACGCAGACUCUCCAGCUGGGACUGGUGCCAAAGGCUUCCUGGAGGCGGCGGCAUUCUACACAGGUACCUCGCCCGGAUCCCAGUGCGUACAAGCCGCAGAGGGUUCGGGAAGGAUCCCGUGGACACGGGCUCCCAGACAAGUGCAGACGGCACUGGGCAGCUCAAGUCCUCCCUGCCCAGCGGGAGCCCCUCAGAGCCGCCAUAUCCCCCACCGCCCAAGCUGCAGCCCCCCACAAACUGCUGCAUGAGCGGCUGCCCCAACUGCGUGUGGGUGGAGUAUGCCGAUGUGCUGCUGCAGCAUUACCAGGACGGUGGGGAGCGGGCCCUGGCCGCCCUGGAGGAGCACGUGGCUGACGAGACCCUCAAGGCCUUUCUCAGGAUGGAGAUCCAGCUUCGCGUGAGGUGCGGAGGCUGAGCCGGCCUGGCCCAGCGCUCGCCGAGGGCUCCUGCCUGGGGAGCAACACGGCCUCCUCUGUCCGCGGCCCCUCUGUGGGCUUGUGUCGGGUGGAAAUCGGAAGAAUUAUUUAUUGACUUUCCCUGAGAAUAAACAAGGUCUUUGCGGUGGUGAGACUGGA